GAAAGUUGGGCAAUCAGAAGAGGCAGAAGCCCCUUCUUGCUUUAUAAGAAUGAGGUCUUGGCCAUAACAGUGUUGGGAAAAGAUUAAUUAAGUUUGGAUCACUUUCACUCUUUCAGGAGUGUGUGGCAGAAAAGGGAGUGUAGGAUAUCAGGCUUUCAACUCACCACCUCUUAGGCACUGCCAAAGUUUCCUAAACCCUGCUUCACCCCUUCUGCCCUGCACUGCUCAAAUUGCAACCUUAGGGAGGCUGUUAUCUAUUAAAAUACACCUUUGCUCCAGUAUGAAAUUAAAGUCAGAUGAAGCCUGCUGCCUCUCUGAGAAGCAACUUUGGGUCCCCUUCGUUAGGGCACAGAACUAAGCUGGAUCCAAGGAAUUUGAGUUCAAAGAGAGGUGGUCAAAUGCUCAGAAGGUCAUUCUGCUUCAGUGAUUUCUCUUUGACCAACCACACUUGAGAAGUUCCCAAGGAGAAGUGAGCCAUCAAAGACCACAGACACGGUCCACGUGGAAACCAGGGAUGGCAAAGCAACCCCUAGGAAGGAUGGAAACACCCACUGAAAUCUCCUCAAGGAUUAAGGUUACUGAAGUUAUUGAGGACAUCUCUCUGCCAGGAUACUUAUGCACUCAAGAGAGCCUGAGAAUUGCUACCAACUUUCAGUUCCAAGAUACAGACAUCCUCUUGGUCACUUUCCCAAAAUCAGGUACAAUCUGGGUACAGCAUAUCCUGAGCCUCAUUUUCAACAAAGAUGAUAUCCAGAACCAAAGCACCAUACCUACCUUUGUUAAGAUCCCCUGGCUUGAACACAGACAAGUCUUCAAAAGUGUGAUGGAGAAUGAGAAGUCCAGACCACGCAUCAUGACCACUCACCUCCAGGCCAAAUUUUUAAUCCCUAACCUAAAAAACUCCAAGGUUCGAGUGGUAUAUGUGGCACGGAACCCAAAGGAUGUCCUCGUCUCCUUCUAUCACUUUCAUAAAUUUGCCAACUUUAUGCCAGAUUUCAGCUCCUUUGAUGACUUCUUUGAUCAGUUCCUUGAAGGCAAAGUGCAUUAUGGUUCCUGGUUUAACCACAUAAAGGGCUGGCUAGGUGUCCGGCAUGAACUAAAUUUCUUUGUGAUCACUUAUGAAGACCUGUCCCAGGAACCUUACCAAGCUAUCCAGAGCCUGGCCAAAUUCCUGGGCCAGCACCUAGAACCGGAGUAUCUCAAGAGCAUCCUGUAUCACAGCACCUUUUCCUUCAUGAGUCAAAAUGACCAGCUCAACUUUUCCACGAUCUCUUGUGAGGUCUAUGACCACAGUAAGGGAAAGUUUUUCAGGAAAGGCAUGACUGGAAACUGGAAGGAAUACUUCUCCCAAGAUCAGGAUGUCAGAUUCAAUAAUGUCUACCAGGCAGAGAUGAGAGAACUCACCUUUAAAUUCCCCUGGUCUCUGGACUGACCAGGAAAACAAAAACCAGACCCUUUCUCUUGUCCUCAAGCUGAUCAUUAUAGUGAUGUUUUACCAUAAUGCCACACCCCUAUUCCCUGUAUCUGGCCAGCUCUGAAUCACCUCCUAUUUUUAAAACUUUUGGCAGCCCAGGGCCUCUUUACCCUUCUGGAGUCCCCACAGAAGCCUAGCACCUCAGCUAUACAGAAUCCACCACCAGAAAGCAGCACCAGCAGCAAAAAUCUACACCAAGAACUCUUCUCCACUUCUAUUGUCACUACCCUAGUACAGGAUUUACUUAGGUAUAUAAUUCCCAGCAAAACUGCAGCUACAGGCCAAGCCCAGAACUUCCCCACUUAUAGAAACCAAUUCUCAUGAAGCCAGCACAGAAAUCAAUCAUAGAGGCUCAUACAAUAAGUUUGAGUACAUCAAGCUUCAAUAUGCCGCAGUGACUUGACUUCACAAACCAGUAACUUGCCAGUGGGAAACUCCCUAGUAAGAACCCUGAGAAAUGACCAGUCUAAAUUUGAAUUAUGCUCCCAGUACCCCUCAGCCUCAAUGAUAUGAUUGUUGAAUUGUCUUCUAAGAACUGCUGAUUAAUUAUUCCAUUUUAUUAAAAGCAAUAAGUAAUUUUCCUUGAUUGUUUGUAAGCUCAAAACUUCUCACAGGGUAAUGAGAAAAUUAAGCCACCUAUGACAAAAUCAUUUAUCUUGUAUUCUGUCUGUAAUCAUAAUACAAAAAUAUAGAAUGUUAAUCAAGUGAUUUGUUAAAAGUUAAUGUAUCACUUUUCUAAUUGUCUCUCUUGAACAUGUGUGUUAGGUAAUGUAAUCUGCAUGCCAAGAAAACGGGUAUAAAAAUAAAAAUCAAGCCUAGGACAGUGGAGUGGCUGUCAAGCUUCAAAGCAGUCCCAUGACCAUAAUGAUUAAUCUGUCUUCAGCUUGUUAUUUAUUUUGACUGAUCAUUCGCCAGCCACCAGUCAGGAACCCUGGAGUUGUGAGUGAGGCACAACCCUGACCACGGCAUUUGACUAGUCUAUUCCCUACUUACCUGCCAAGGUGGUUUCCCUAAAACUCAAGUCUGUGUCACCCCUCUCUAUUCAAUGAAUUCCAGAGGCUCCCUGUUUCCCUCCAAGAAUGGCAGAAUAAAUGCCAUUGUUUGACUUUCAAAGUCCUUAAUAAUCCGGACUCUAUUAUUUUCGAGUAUUUUGAAACUUCCAUGCAUCCUAAAAAACAACUGUAUUGGCUUGUUGCUGUUCUUCACCUUCAACUCUCUGUGAUUUUACAAUGACCUUCCCUUUUGUCAGUAAUGUCCUCCCUUCUCAUGUCAGUCUCAAAGCUUCCUGGUUUUCUUCAAGAUUCAAAUAAAUUUUUACCUUCUGCUGGC